ACGACUAAUGAUUUGACCUUACUUUUAGCCGUGGAUUCCGUGAAUUAUGAUUUAUAUUAUGUAGCAUUUUUCAGUGCUGCUAGUCACUGUUGUUCAUGUAUUUUUUUUAAAUUGUGAUUUAACCUUAACAGUUUUAAGUUAGAGAAGUGUUGAAAUGGCUAAUGCAGACUUUCGAAAAGAUGUACCGAUGCCUGUCCGUCCAAGGAGUGUCUACACUGCGCAUUCCUAUAAUCAGGAGGAGUCGAAUUUGUCUGCUUUCCAAGAUUACAGCAAGUUUCUGGAAGGUGGAUUAGGUCAGGCGGAAUUGGUUGGCGCUGCAGGCUGGCAACCACCUUGGCGUGCACCGCUGCAACGCAAAGCACCCUUCUACCCUGGAGAUGAUAUUUACCAUGCUGAUACUUGGCGAGAAUUAGAAGUGACAGAUGUUGUCGGCGGCGCUGGGUAUAAUGCCUCUGUGACUCCACAUGGCACUGUCUGUCUUAGACUGAGGGAUAGAGUGAAGGUGGAUAUGACCAUCGACGGGGCGGUUCGCGUCACCAACGCUAAGAACAAUAUAAUACUGGCGUUAUCCCGGUCGGGCGCCGCAGCCGCCCUCAUCCAUCCCAACGGACGGGUGUACCACUAUGGCUCACGCGUCGAGAUACAGGCCCGCCACCAGCAGGGCAACAAUAAGUACGCGAAGAUGUGGUAUAAAGGCGUGUCGUUCACGGCAGAGCAGUGUGCGCUCGUGUACUUGGUGGAUGCAGCUGGAACACGUACCACCACCGAUACUUUCCUCGACAUGAGCCAGGAUUUCACCCUCAACGUAUUUUAUAACGAGUCCAGGCACGGACCGUCGUAUGUGAACGAGGCGCUAUCACUGCUACAAGCUGCUCAGUAUUGGCUCACUGAUGACGGGAUCGACAACUGGAUCAUCAACAAUGUGCGCGUCAGUCAGACCGCCGAUGGUCUGGUUAGGAUCCACCGCUGCAGCCAUAAGUAUCAGUUGCGCACAAGUCCAAGCAACGGAUCCGCGUCCAUCACUAGUCCGUUCUUGCAUUGCACCGCUUCAUUGGGACAGACGCAGCAUCUAUUUGUUCGACGCGGCGAGAGGCGGAUGCAUUUUGACGGCAACUCGUUUAUAGUUCGCAACGCUGGCCACUCGGCCGGUUUCGACGACAAGAAUCAACUGAAGGUGUACUGAACCAAAAAUAUAACCAAACGGCUCGGCCGUCCUUAUCCUAACUAGCUGGCGAGUUUUAUCCUUACAAUGCCUAUAAAACCUAAUCCAACAUGGGAUGUUGUAUAGAUCUACAGUCGUGGCUAUUUUAAUUGUAACUGUCGGAAAUGGUUCCACUAUUUUCAUAUUAUAUUUUCUCUCUUUAGAUUCCUUUGAAAUACGUGGGCUGGUCGUUUUAAAAUUUCACAGUGAAUACAUCUCCUUUCUUUAAUCAUCAGUGUGUAAAGCUUGCUUACAUUAUACAUUGUUUUUGAUGUCGAUUAGCGUGAUCCCAGACAUGGGUACAGAUAUGUUUCCACAAAUAUUUUUAGAAAAAUUGUUCAAAAUCCUCUUCGCAAUAUCAUACUUUCUAGUUAUGUAUAUGCAAAUAAGUACACACUUUUGCGUCCUUUGGUGUACGCCAAAAAACCGAUACAGUGAUCAGAAAUACGCAAUAUUUAUGCAAAUACGGGAAACUUGUGCAAACAUUUACAAAUUCACCCAUACAGUAUUUCCGCAUAUUUGCAAAGAUCUUCACACGUGUCUGGGGACUCGCCGUUAGAUUCUGAUAUAUUGCCAUGUUAUAGAUUAAGGUUACAGUUUCAUGACCAAGUGUUAGAUCACCUUUGUUGAGGCUGCUGUAAUAAUAACUUAAUAGAUUACUAUUUUAUACCUUUAUUAUUUAUUAUUUUGAUGACUUUGUUAUACCUAUAGAAAGCCAGUGUUUAUCUGCAGAUAUUUUCGUUUAGCUUGCAAAAACUUUAUACACUGCGUGUAUACAACUGUGCGUGUGUAACACUGCAAAAAACGGUUCAAUUCUACCUUCUCGAACAAAAUGCGUUAUGCGAAUAACUGAACUGUUCGAAGUAUAUAUGCAUUUGAACAGUGCAAUAGAUCAAAACUGUACUUGUACUGUUCUGUUCACUUGUUCUUCCAAUAGCCAGAUCAGUAUUAUACACACGUUUUGAAAAUAUUGAUUUAUUAAUGCAAUAAUUUACUGCCAACUCAGUAGACUUGGCAGUUGUUGGUUUUGUAAUAAAAAAAUUAGAUUUACGAUUCGAGCCCAUGUGUUUCUUUGUAUAUAAAAACUGCAAGUACGACGUUGUUACAUAAUAAAAC